CAUAAAGGCUUUCAUGUGUGACACUUUCACUUUGCUCUGACAACGAGCUUGAGAUGUGCUGGAAAGGAAAUGAGCACAUUUCUGAGUUGGAAGCUCAACUAAGCGUUUGGAGACAAUGGCAGACUAAGAGGCAUGUUGUUUCAGGUUUAGCAGCAUCUUCCAAUAGAAUCGACUUUGACGUUUCCCCCUGCUGAAACAUGGCGACAUCGUCGGUAACCGAUCUGAGGAUUGUGAUUCUUGGUAAAAACGAAGAUGAUAAAACAACCCUCAGUAAUUUCUUGACAGACGGAACGCCUUAUUCUUCACAAAAAGUGAAGUCUUUUGACGUGUUGUAUGGAGAAUGGAGGAGAAAACCCUUCACCCUGAUUAAAACGGGAGAUAUCCUCGGUCUGCCUGUGGAAAGUGUCAGUCAUGACAUGAAGGCGUGCGUGGCUCUCUGCCCACCAGGACCGAACGUCCUGCUGCUGCUCGCGAACCCGUCAGACUUCACCAAGUCGGACAGGCAAAAUCUGAAGUUUGUCCUGAGUUUUUUCGGGACAGAAGCUUUUAAUUGUGCGAUUGUCAUAACAUCCGAAGACGAUCAGGGAUCGUGUUUUACCAUAAACCAACUCGUCGCAGACUGUGGACAAAGGAUCCACAAAAUGAACUUCCACCAAAGACAAUACUCUGUUAAUAAACUACAAGAACUGAUGAAAAGGAUUGAAAAUAUCGUGAGAGAGAACAAGGGGCGAUAUUUAACAUUUCCUGAAGACAUGGAACUAAUAAGUGAGCCAAAAUCUGUGAAGCCCCAUCUGAACCUGGUCCUUUGUGGAAGACAUACAUCCCGGAAAGCUUCCGUAGCUCGUGCCAUCCUGAGGGACAGUUAUUGCGGUGCGUUUGGCGAUUCAGUGGAUGUUAGAAAUCAGGGCUCUGUCUUCGGGCGCCAGGUGUCCAUAGUGGAGCUACCAGCUCUGUAUAAAACACCAAUGGACACAGCAAUGAAGGAAUCCUAUAGAAGUCUUUCCCUCUGUGAGCCAGAGGGUGUCCACGCCUUCAUUCUGGUCCUACCAUUGGACUGCCCUGAUGAUGACGAUAAAAAAGAGCUGGAAACCAUUGAGAAAAUCUUUGAUUCUAGAAUCACUGAAUUUACCAUGAUUCUUUUUGCUGUAGAGGCAAUUUUCAAUUCCUCUAAACUUCUGAAUUUUCUAAAGGAAAACAGAGAUAUUCAAGAAAUCUGUCAGAAAUGUAACAAACAGUUUAUGGUCUUCAACACCCAGGAAGAGCAGCAGAUCCAUGAGGUGUUGCAAUUUGUCCAAGUAAUGACAAACGUAGGACAGAAAAGUUUUACCAAAAAAAUGUUCCCCAAGCCGCAAAAGCUUAAAAAGAGUAACACGUUUAGUUGUCGCGACCGUCCAAAUGUGAAAUUGAGUCUACACAGGACAGGGAGUGCAAUGUUUAGGGAGAGUCCUCUGCAGGACUAUAGACCUCAGAAGCAAGACCCAACUCCCCUGCCAAUGCCAGAGAGUGAAGAGCCCCUACGGAUACUGCUGAUCGGUAAGACGGGUUGUGGUAAAAGUGCCACUGGAAACACUAUCCUUGGCAGAGAGUGCUUCUCAUCAAAAGUCAGUCAAAGAUCGGUGACGAAGAUUUGCCAAAAAGAGACGGGAGAGGCUGAAGGCCGUCUUGUAACCGUGGUGGACACGCCAGGGUUAUUUGACACCUGUCUGUCAAAUGACCAAGUUAAGCAAGAGCUAAUCAAAUGCAUCAGCAUGUUGGCCCCCGGACCCCACGUCUUCCUGCUCGUCCUGCAGAUCGGACGCUUUACUCAAGAAGAAAAAGACACUUUGAAGCUGAUCGAGGAAUUCUUUGAGAAGUCCAAGGACUUCAUCAUUGUCGUGUUCACCAGAGGGGACGAUCUUAAAAAUCAAACAUUUGAUAGUUACUUAAACGAAAGCGAUGAAUAUGUCAAACAGCUGAUUAGCGAUUGUGGAGGGAGGUACCAAGUCUUUAACAACAAUGACCAAACCAAUCGAUCUCAGGUUCGAGAGCUCCUAGACAGAGUUGAGACGAUGCUACAGCAAAAUGGUGGUGAUUACUACACCUCAGCCAUCUUUACAGAGGCAGAGGAAGCAAUACAGAGGGAAACAGAGAAACUACUGAUAGAGAAGGACAAGGAACUGCAGAAAAAGAAGGAAGACUUUAAAAAAGAGCUUGAAUACAAAAUGCUAAAUAGGAGUGAAACAUUUAAAAAAAGGCAAGCCAGAUUUCAACAAGAAACCCAACAGAGCGCCCAGAGAGUCAAGGAGAAAGAGGAGAAAAUACUGAGGGAGGAAGAGAAGGUGAUGAUGGAAAGGAAACGAAGAAAAGAAGAGGAGAUGGAAAAGAAAAGGAAAGAUGAGAUGAAACAAUAUGAGUGGGAUCAAAAAGUUGAAUGUUUGCAGGUAAAUCAGGGACCGGUUGGAGCAACGUUACCAGAGACAGCAUUAUUACGGCAAAGCAGAGAAGAAAUGAGAAAGGAAAGAGAAGCUUGGGAGAAGGAAAGGACAGAAUGGUGGGAGAAGAGAUAUCGAGACGAAAAGCAAAGGCAAGAAAGUGAGCAGCAACGCCUCCAAAAGCUCAGAGAAGAACAUGAAGAGGAAAAGCUUAGAUACGAAUUAAAAAGGCGAGAGGAGGAACAACUUCGGAGGGAACAAGAGAAGAGAGACUGGAAGGUAGCCCAGGAAAUGUUCCGAAAGCAGGUAGAGGAGAUAGAGAGGAGAAAUUAUGAGGACGCCAGAAAACAAGCGGAACAAUGCAACGAUUUCAGGCACAAAUAUACCUCUGAUGUCUCGACUGAGCUGGAGAAAUACGGGAAAGAAUUAAUGGACCUGAAGCUGAAGCAUGAAAAACAAACUGAACUUUUGAUCAAGCAGCUGAAUACAAACAAAGUUCACCAGAAAAACUUCGAAAAGCUGCAGAAAAAGCAGGAGGAGGAAGUUAAGGCUCUGAAAUCAUCGCUUUGUUUCAACAGUGAGCUGCAGAUCAAAAACCGAAUGACUGAGCUGCAGAAAAGGCAUCAGGACGAAAUAAACGAGUGGAUACAGGAGCGGGUGAAGAAAGCCUCAGAGAGGCGAGCGUGCAGCAUUUCCUGAGACGUGAUGCAACCAUAAGACGACGACAAUGCUGCUUUGCAACCAUUUAUGCAUAAACGCUUUUAUUCCACCUGACUUUCAAAAUGUAAGACAGCUUUAAAUGCAGAAGAUUCUCUGGUUCUUUUAAUCUCAAUGUAGAAUGUAAUGGAGAUUGUAAAAGUUUGAAUUAUAUUUUAAUAUAGUGAGAUGAGCUGCUGUAAAGUCAAAGCAAACUUUCAUUAGAACUAAAAAAGGAAAAGAUGUUUUCAAACCCUUUUAGAAAAUUCUUGUUGCUGGUCUGUUUAAACAACCAUGUCGACCUACAUAUCUGCCAUAUUUCUCAGAAAGGUUUAUGUUUGUGUUUGGCUGAAAAACACUGAAUUUCUUGUUUGACUGGUUUCUCUAGAGUUUCUGUAACUGAGAGCAACGCUGCUGACUUCAAGACAAGUUUUUAUGUAAGGACCCUGUUACACCUUGACGAUUUAUCCACAUAUGACCGACGUCCCAGAAUCUCCUAAAACCCUGACGUACGCUGGACUUUCUAUGUAUUUUUUAAAAUUCUGGUCGUAUACAUAGAGUAUUCAUAACGACUUUAGUACUUCUGUCCAACCACAGCCUAAGGUAUGCAUAACGUACGGCAGCGUAAUGCCCAUGAAAUGAUGCAAAAGCCAGUGUCCUGAGGGGGGCAGCGAUGUGCCCGGAGGUUCCUGGUCUGCAUAAAAAGAUUUCUUUAAUCGCAGUAUUAACCUAGCUGCUGUU